AUGGUGAGAAAACUCAAGUACCACGAGCAGAAGCUCCUGAAGAAGGUGGAUCUGUACAACUACAAGCAGGACAACAACCACCGGGAGGCAGACGUGGUGCAGCGGUACCAGUUGACGAACCGCAGCGACUACCACUCGUACAACAAGAUCGUCGGGAAGUUGAAGCAGGUGGCGAGGAAGCUGGCGCUGCUCGAGGCGGCGGACCCGUUCCGGAUCAAGCACGAGCAGCUGCUGCUGGAGAAGCUGUACGGGAUGGGGCUCCUUCCGACGACGAGCAAGAUCAGCGCCGUGGAGAACAAGGUGUCGGUGAGCAGCCUGUGCCGGCGGCGGGUGGGCGUGAUGAUGGUGAAGUUCCACAUGGCGCAGAACGUGGCGGACGCCAACAAGUUUGUGCGCCAGGGCCACGUGCGGGUGGGGAGCAAGGUCGUCACGGACCCGGCGUACCUCAUCACGCGGGCGCUGGAGGACUACCUGACGUGGGUGGACGAGUCGAAGAUCAAGCAGAACGUGCUGACGUUCAAGAACCGCUGGGACGACUACAGCGUGGCCAACUGA